AUGGCGACUUCCUUUCUCAACUUUACAUUUGGCUUGGAUUUGGCAUUUGGCAUUUGGCAUUUGGCAUUUCGCGCAUCUAUGAUCGUCGUUUUAGAGGGAUCGAAUCCGCCCCUACAGCAGCGUUACGGAGUCCAUGAAAUUUGCGAGACAUCACUGCCGCAACCCCCCAAAAAUGUCACCUUUCAAGAAAAGAAAGAUGAACGAAUUUCGACAGAGACAACGCCCUGCCUAAAAAGAGAAGUGGGUCUUCUUAGCACCAUCGCUCUGCUAAUCGGACUAGCCGUUGGUUCAUCCAUAUUUACGGUACCAAGUAUCGUGUUUGUGAAGACCGGUUCGGCCGGGGUAGUCAUCGUCCUGUUUUCCUUGGCGGGAGUCAAGGCCCUGAUGGGAGGACUGUGCUAUGCAGAGCUCGCAGCGCUCCUACCGGCCUCUGGUGGAAAUUACGCGUACUUAACGGCCGCCAGCAAGUCUAUGGGAAAAUACGGUGACGUCAUUCCCUUUAUGUCCGCGUGGGUUUCCCUGACCAUCUCCGAGCCAAUGACUGCGGCGUACCAAGGGCUGACGUUUUCCAGCUAUGCCCUUAGCCUCGUCUAUGGUGACUGUAGUCUUUCUUACAGCGCAAACGUUAUCACGGCACUUGCCUUCACUGCUCUGGGCACUGCUGUGAACUGCUUCUCAGUGAAGACAUCGGCAAGAGUCCAAGGCGUGUUAACCACAAUCAAAACCUUCGUGUUGGUCUCAAUCAUCAUUACCGGUGCAGUCUGGGCCUUCCGAGCCAACAAGCUGCUCGAAGCUCCCCUGUUUGUCGGCGUAACACCAUCAAAUCUUGCGCAAGCGUUCUUCGCAGCUACCUCGUGCUACGGAGGAUGCAACUCCAUCACAUAUAUCGCUGAAGAAAUCAAGGACCCCACGAGGACCAUUCCGCUGGCAAUGGCGAUCGGGAUCGUCAUCCUGACUCUGGUCAACGUGCUGACCAAUGUUGCCUUCUUUGUGGUCCUGGACGCAUCAACGGUCGCAAGUUCCGAUGCCAUCGCUGAGUCCUUCGCGAUGGCGACUUGGGGAACAGCAGCGGCCUUCUGCGUUCCGCUCGUCGUGUCUGUCAGCGCCUUCGGAAGCUUGUGUGCCGGCUUUUUCAGCGGCUCUAGACUCAAGUUGGCCGCCGCAAGACAGGGUCACCUGCCUCAAGUCCUCUCGUUCAUAACAGUGGACUCCUCGGUGCCGUUGCCGUCAGUGCUGUUUAGAGGCUUACUUGCACUUGCCUACACAUUCGCGGGUUCCCUAAGCUUCAUUCUCGAUGGCGUUACUUUCGUGUAUGCUAUCAAUGACAUCUUCACCAUGAUUUCUUUUUUUGUGCUUCGUUCGUCAAUGAGAGACGUGCUGAGGCCGUUUCGGUUGCCGACUGUGAUUCCUGUUUUGUAUUUGGCGGCACUUCUAACACUGGUAGGAGUAACACUCUCCAGCCCAUCUGGAUAUCUAAAGUAUCUAGUCGUUAUUGUAGGCUAUUCAGUGGGCUUUGGUUACUACGUCCUAUUUGUUAGGUUCAAAACCCACCUUCCGGGGGCUGAAGGAGCGACUGUUUUGAUACAAAAGUUUCUGAUGUGCAUGCCUUGUGUGAACGAGCUUGACUUGAUGUUGAAAGAAAAGUUGUGA